CUAAACUUUUUUAAUUCUGAAAAACUUGAAAAGAGCGACUGUAACAAAAAUCAGUCUAUUAACUCUCUUAUGUGCGAGGCUACUACAGAUUUAAUCGAUACAUUACGUCCUACACCAAAAAUGAAUUUAUUGCCAACUACAAGUAAAACAACUGCAGACAGCAUUACAACCUUUUAUGUUGAACCAAUGGAAGAAGAUCAAGUAAAGACACCACGCCUAUAUAUUCUAAUACCACUUCUCAUCUUAGUGUUUCUAAUUGCCGUGUCAAGUUUGUUCAUCUGUUGUCAAAGAGGAAUGCGGAAAAGACGUUGCAGUCGUCACAACGAACAGCUAGCCUUAUCAGGAGUCUCGGAUGAAAAUAUCAAAAGAAAUGAUUUUGGCGACCCAGUUCAAUCGGCUGUAGAAAAUCAUUUUGGAAAUCAAACUUACACUCUCAAUGCUGCGGAUAUCCAGGGAAGCGGCGAAGAGUCAGAAGCUGCAAAUGAGUACCACAUCUCAUCAAAUAUUGGAGAGGACAGCAAGGUCCAGCACAACCCUGUAUACAACGUACUGGAUAUUACAUGUACACCCACUUGCGAUGGGGAAUGUUGUGUGCCGCAUGAUGAGAAAAAGAACCAAGGACCAGCGUUUUACGCUUAUGCGAUUUUACCUGCAGGAUUACCUAAUGAAUGACAUUUCUGUAUACUUGGCCUAUUUGCAAUAAUCCAAAGUAACAAACGUUUGCCUAUUGGAAUUAAUUUCUGUAAUAAUAAUGAAGUUAAAUUCUGCUAAUUUCUCUUAUCAUGGUGUGAAAGAAGCGCUUUGUCAACUUGAACAUUAUAUUUUUGAAUUAUGUAAUUACUCCUCCUCCAUGAUAAUACUGUUAGUAAUUUGAGUAUGCUUUAGUCCCUUGUAAUUCUCAUAUGUCUUAUGGCCAUGCUCAUGUUUUCAAUCCUCACUAAAGUUAUGUUUUUUAGUUUCACUACUUACACCAUAAAACAUGUUGAUAGCUUUCCUUAUUAUUUAAUGUCUACUUUAUUUCAAGGAAGUGUUUUUGUGUAUGAGUUUUAUAAUUAGGCCCAGACCGGAGUAGAUCUUCAUAAUGAAAGUAAAAGAAGUGUUAAUUCUUUUCAUUGGUUUUUAUAGUAUAAGUGUCGUCAAGAGUGUUAUGCCUGCUAGAGCCCAUGGACUACCUAAAUUACAUAAAGAUUUUGAUAAUAUUCCACCCCUAAGACCUAUUAUUGACACGACCGGUACUUGUUAUUAUUCAGUAGAUAAGUACUUAUCAAACUUAUUAGGCCCUCUAACGGUUA